ACUGAGGUAUUCCACCAUUAGAUCUGUAGGAAAAUGCUGCAUUUAUUCACUACGGCGUCUGUACUCGUCAUCUGCUGUAGCAUACCUAAUGUACUGGGAUGUGUGUCCGAUUUACCGAAGGAUUGCCAAGACGUUCUAAGGUUAGGUGAUAGCGAAAGCGGUGUCUAUACAAUUUAUCCCGACGGAGCUGGUGGAGGGUUCCAGGCGUACUGUGACAUGACCACAGAUGGGGGUGGAUGGACGGUUUUACAAAGAAGAAUGAAUGGAAAGGUUGACUUUUAUCGAGAUUGGAAGGACUAUCAGAAUGGAUUUGGUAACUUAACGGAGGAACACUGGAUUGGAAACCAAAAUAUCCAUCAUCUUACCAGAAAUGGUUUUUAUGAGCUGAGAGUGGAGUUGUCGGACUACUCAAACAAUAGGCGAUAUGCAUCAUACGGGGUCUUUUUUGUUGGAGACGCGAGUUCCAGCUACCGUUUGAGAGUUGGAGCCUAUGAAGGGAAUGCAGGAGAUUCCUUGUCUUACCACAACGGAUAUUCUUUUUCCACGAAAGACCGAGAGAGAUUAACUUGUAACCGCGAUUUUAAAGGAGGUUGGUGGUACAAUCGUUGUCAUUACGUAAAUCUGAAUGGACUGUACAAGCAGACCGCCUAUGCUAAUGGCAUUAAUUGGCUUGCCUGGCGAGGGUAUACGUACUCGCUGAAAACAACAGAAAUGAAGAUUAGAAAACAAUAA